UUUAUAAUAUUUUGAAACUAAUAUUAACAGAUACUUAUGUGUAGCACUAGCAUAAAUAGUUCGAGAAUUUCCCCUGCAGUUUCACUUUUUAAAUUAAGUGCUUUAUAGUGAAAAGUCUUAAAAAUGCGUGAAAUAGUGCAUUUGCAGGCCGGCCAGUGUGGAAACCAGAUCGGUUCAAAGUUCUGGGAGAUCAUAUCUGACGAGCACGGUAUUGACCCCAGCGGAAAAUACCAUGGUGAUAGUGAACUUCAGCUGGAGAGGAUACAGGUUUAUUACAACGAAGCGUCUGAUGGCAAACGCUUCGUUCCUCGCGCUGUGUUGGUGGACCUGGAGCCUGGAACGAUGGACGCCAUCAGGUCUUCCACGUAUGGCCAGCUGUUCAGACCGGACAACUUUGUGUUUGGACAGAGUGGCGCAGGUAAUAACUGGGCGAAGGGCCACUACACUGAGGGUGCUGAGCUGGUGGAGGCGGUCAUGGACGUGGUGCGCAAGGAGGCGGAGCCCUGCGACUGCUUACAGGGUUUCCAGCUGACCCACUCCCUGGGCGGCGGAACUGGCUCGGGGCUGGGCACGUUGUUGCUGAGCAAGCUUCGAGAAGAAUACCCGGACAGGAUCGUCAACACCUUCAGCGUUGUGCCAUCUCCCAAGGUAUCCGACACGGUGGUAGAACCUUACAACGCGACCCUGUCCGUGCACCAGCUGGUGGAAAACACAGACGAGACCUUCUGCAUCGACAACGAAGCGCUGUACGAUAUAUGCUUCCGCACGCUUCGCCUCGCUUCCCCAACUUACGGAGACCUCAACCAUCUGGUGUCGCUAACAAUGUCCGGGGUGACAACUUGUCUCCGGUUUCCCGGACAACUGAACGCUGACCUUCGCAAGCUUGCAGUCAACAUGGUUCCAUUCCCGAGGCUACACUUUUUUAUGCCCGGGUUCGCUCCACUGACUGCGCGUAACAGCCAAGGCUACAGAGCUUUGACCGUUGCAGAGUUAACUCAACAGAUGUUCAGCCCGGUGAACAUGAUGGCGGCCUGCGACCCUCGCCGCGGCCGCUACCUCACAGUGGCCGCCAUCUUCCGCGGCCGCAUGUCCAUGAAGGAGGUUGACGAGCAGAUGCUCACAGUGCAAGACAAAAACUCCAGCUACUUCGUGGAGUGGAUACCCAAUAACGUGAAGGUGGCUGUGUGCGACGUGCCACCGCGUGGGCUAAAAAUGGCGGCCACGUUCGUGGGCAACACAACCGCCAUCCAGGAGAUCUUUAAGCGAAUCUCGGAGCAGUUCACACUCAUGUUCAGGAGGAAGGCUUUCUUGCAUUGGUAUACCGGCGAGGGUAUGGAUGAAAUGGAAUUCACUGAAGCGGAGAGUAAUAUGAACGACCUGGUGUCAGAGUAUCAGCAGUACGAGGAAGUAGGAGUUGACGAAGAAUUCGAUGAGCAAGAAGAGAUACCAGGGGAAGAGUAUCCAGAAGAAUAAAAUCUUAGUACUUAAUACUAACACAGAAUUAAGAGCAAACAGAAUUCUUGCAUACGACUACUAUUGAAGCCACUAAAACCACGAAAUUAAAAAUUCUAAAUUAAUUUCUUUCAAAUUUCUAAUAUAAGCA